ACUCUCCACUCACUCUCUCUCUCUCUCAAUGUGUCAUAAUUUAGCCAUCAUCCAGGUUAACUGUUUUCUAGGAGUGGCUUCAGCAUUGGGUUAUUUAUAUUUUAUAUUAAUGUUUUUUGCAGAUAACUUCUUACCUUAGCAGCUAGCAAAAAAGUGCACAAUUCACAUGAGCGAGCCCAUGCAUUUUGAUUAAUUCAAUUGAGGAUGCAGAAUUAAUUAGGACAGGUAUUUGAGUCUUGUUAAACUACAGGCCUCAAACUCUCGCUCUCUAAUGUUCUCUGUUGGACCAGGCCGAGGGUGACUGUUUUUGGGAGUGGUAUUAGGGUUGGGGUAUUCCUGCUGUAAGGUGGCCGCAUCGAUAAGGCUAUUUCUCUGAUUAUGAGGGUCUUAUCACUCCUUCCCACCCCUGGGUGCUCUACGCAUGCUGUCGCUUUUUGGGUUGCCACGCACUACAUGACUUCACGUCUUUCUCUCUUUUUCCAUUACCCCUCCAUCCCCACCCAUGCCUUUUGAAUCGGUCCGAGGUCAGUCUUGAGUUGGGCGCUCAAAGUGUAGACGCGGAAACCCAGCACAGACCCGCCAGGACCACCUGGGCUCAGGUUAUGUGUGAGACUUUCUGAAACAGAAGGAAGACGUCUCGAUGAUGGAAACCGUAUCGUUUGAAGGGGACAAUGACAUGUCCUACGAGGACAGUGAGUCACCUCUACCAUCUCCAUUCACUUUGACACCUGCGGGACACAAAGGCAGCUAUGACUUGGAGCAGAUGAGGCAGCAGGAAGAGGUGCAGCCUCAGACCUUCACCUUCUCCAGAGACUUAGAAGCCGCUCGAAAUACCAACACCAAUGCCAUCAAGAGGGGAGAUGCAGAGGCAUACGUUGAGCUGAAUGAGCUUCGUGGGGAGGUGUGGCAGGAAACGGGACGCUGGGUGGGUUAUGAGGAGAACUUAAGCCCUGCCACGGGACAGUGGAGCCAGGCCCACAUUUCCUAUCUCACCUUCAAAAGCCUCAUUCAACUCCGCAAGGUCAUGAGCACAGGGGCGGUGCUGCUUGAUGUUGAUGACAGCAGCUUAUCAAGCAUUGGUCAGAAGAUGGUGGAACAACUUCUGCUCAGAAAAGAGAUCCGGCCCACAGACCGUGACGCUCUUGUGACCAUACUGCAACGCAAGCGCACUCAAUUGGAGCCCACUUCAUCCCCUGGUUCAGCAGACAUAGAGCUGCAAACAUUCUCAGUCACCAAACAGCGAGACAUGGUUGAUCGUGUGGAGGCCUCUGUGGUUUUAUCAGGUGUGGUGGAGAACCUCCAGAAACCAGUGGUAGCAUUUGCCCGUCUGCGGGAUUCAGUGGUGAUGGAAGGGGUUCUGGAAGCUCCGAUUCCAGUUCGUUUUGUCUUCUUCCUGGUGGGCCCCAGUCACAGCGGCAUGGACUAUCAUGAGUGUGGCCGGGCCAUGGCGGCGCUGAUGGCUGACUGGGUGUUCACUCUGGAGGCUUACUUGGCCACAAAUGAGAAGGAUCUGACCAAUGCCAUGGUAGACUUCAUGGACUGCAGCAUUGUGAUCCCACCGACAGAAAUCCAGGAUGACAGCAUGCUGAAGCCAAUCAUCAACUUCCAGAAGAAGAUACUACGUGAUAGGGUCCGCCCAAGUGACACCCGACUCAUAUUUGGGGACAAAGCCCCAACUGGACCUGUGAAGCCAAAGGAGGAUCCACUGGCCCGUACCGGCUAUCCUUUUGGCGGCAUGGUCAAAGACAUAAAACGGCGCUACAAGUUUUACCUUAGUGACUUCACCGAUGCACUGGACCCUCAGGUGCUGUCUGCUGUCAUCUUCAUCUACUUCGCUGCCCUUUCUCCUGCCAUUACCUUUGGAGGACUUCUUGCGGAUAAGACGGAGCACAUGAUGGGUGUCUCUGAGAUGAUGAUCGCUACCUGCGUGCAGGGUAUCAUCUUUUGUCUUUUCGCGGCUCAACCAGCUCUCAUCAUUGGGUUUACUGGUCCGUUAAUGGUGUUUGAGGAGGCGUUCUUUCAGUUCUGCAAGUCUAAUGGAUUUGAGUACAUUGUGGGCCGUGUCUGGGUGGGCAUGUGGUUGAUCAUCAUUGUGGUGGUGAUUGUGGCAGUGGAGGGGAGCUUCCUUGUUCGUUUCAUCUCACGCUUCACCCAGGAGAUAUUCUCCAUCUUGAUCUCUCUCAUUUUCAUCUACGAGACCUUUUCCAAGCUUAUCAAGAUUUUCAAAGCGCACCCUUUAAUUUUGAACUACGAACACUUGAAUGAUUCCUUGGAGGACCCCUUCCACCCUAUCAAAAAGGUUGUCAAUGUCACACAGCUUCCUGAUGGCAAUGUUACCGAACUGCAUGAGAUCAUCGAGAGAGCAUACCCCAACACCGCCCUGCUGUCCAUGUGCCUUAUGUUUGGAUGUUUCUUCAUUGCAUUGUAUCUCCGUGGGUUUAAAACUAGCGUCUUCCUUCCUGGCCCUAUCCGACGAAUGAUUGGAGAUUUUGGUGUCCCCAUCGCCAUCUUCUUCAUGAUCGCUGUGGAUAUCAGCAUCAGUGAUGCCUACACACAGAAACUGGUGGUGCCAAAGGGGCUGACCGUGUCCAACACGUCUGCCAGAGGCUGGCUCAUCAACCCAUUUGGUGAGAAGAAGCCAUUUCCUAUCUGGAUGAUGUUCGCCUGUGCUGUUCCUGGCUUGUUGGUUUUCAUCCUUAUAUUCCUUGAGUCCCAGAUCACCACGCUGAUUGUGAGUAAGCCUGAGAGAAACAUGGUCAAGGGCUCUGGUUUCCAUCUGGACCUCCUGCUUCUGGUGUUAUUGGGAGGAGUUGCAUCUAUCUUUGGUGUCCCCUGGCUCAGUGCUGCAACAGUGAGAUCUGUCACCCACGUCAACGCCCUGACUGUCAUGACCAAAGGCCCCAGACCGAAGAUUGAACGUGUGCUAGAACAAAGAGUCAGUGGUAUUUUGGUGGCCGUGAUGGUUGGGGUCUCGAUUCUCAUGGAGCCCAUCCUGAAGAUGAUACCCAUGACGGCUCUGUUCGGGAUCUUCCUCUAUAUGGGUAUCACUUCCCUGAGUGGCAUCCAACUUUGGGACCGUAUGCUUCUGCUUAUUAUGCCGAAAAAGCAUCAUCCAACAGUUCCAUAUGUCACCCGUGUGCCGACUAUGCGUAUGCACCUGUACACUUUGAUCCAAGUGAUGUGUUUGGCGAUUCUGUGGGCAGUAAAAUCUAGUGCGUUUUCACUUGCCCUGCCGUUUGUCCUGAUCCUCACGAUCCCUCUGAGAAUGUUCAUGACGGGUCACGUCUUCACUGUCAUGGAAAUGAAAUGUCUGGAUGCAGAUGAUGCAAACAUGAAAUUUGAUGAUGAGGAUGACUAAACUAACCCCAAAACAUCAUUGGACAUCUUUCUUGAGUCUUGAAUCCGAGCCACCAUGAAUUCAUUUUACUGUGUGCAUUACAUGAGAAUCCUUUGCUUAUAUUUUUUAACUGUUGUACAUUCAAAUUUUAGCUUAACAAAUCAGUAUGUCUUUUAAUAAAGUUUUAGAAUGCAAUUAAUGCACACCUACAAUUCAUAAACUGUUCAUAUACAUUCCAUAGUUGUUUAUCACAAUCUUUUCUUACUUUUACUUUUCAUUGCCUUUGUGUGUUUGUGUGCCUGAUUUUUUGCUUUAUUUUUAUUUUUUAUUUUUCAUUUGGGAUUUAUAAAUCCUGGUGUUUAUUUAUUUAAUGUAUUCAGGGUUUCAUGCAAAAAAAAAAAAAAUCUUAUGUCAGCUCUAAUGUAAAUCCCAUCCUGCUUUAAAACGUGAUUCCUAUGCAAAAUGUGCCUUUAUAUUUCUUAUGAGAAUUUCAAUGUUUCAGGGACUUACAAAUACAGAAUGUUAGCUAUAUAGGUUACUAUUGCAAAGAUUUGAUACCUUAUAAAUGAAUAGUUGAUUUAUGUAUGCUUGGUCUGUUAUGUUGUGUGACUUUGUUUAAUGAUUAAAAUGCUUUAAAACAUCCACAAUAA